UAUUGAUUACUAUUUCUAUCCACCCAUCUUUCUGUAGUCCUUCACUCCCCAAACAACACCCACCACCCUUCCUCCUCCUGCCCCUUCUCCACCUCCCUCUCUCUAACUCUGGUAUUUCCCAGUGAAGCCCCCUCCCCACCUCCGCUGUCAGCCCUCCCUCCUUCCCUUUUCCUCUCCCUCCCCUCUUGUCUCCCCCUCCUCUCCUCAGAUGGAUUCUUCAGUCAGUCGACUGGAACUGGUGCGGCUGCCGGAGAGAUAGACAGUGAGGCAGAGAGGCUGUGCUGAACAGACGCUGGGUCAGAGCGCUCAGUUGCUUCAGACAAUCACGGGGGAGCGAGAGAAAGACACAGGAAAAGAGACACACACACACACACACACGCACACACACAGAUAGAGAACACCACAUAGAAACAUAGACUGAAAAGAGAGAAAGGGAGGGAGAAACAGGAGAGGGAGGUAAAUAUGUGACAGGAUGUGGUUUCCCUGAGCUUGCAGAACAUCGGUAUACAGGCAUACUUUGAGCAUGACCUAAACACACCAAGUGUACAAGUGUGUUUGAGCUCCGUUAGGUGGCGAGGGGGAAGACGAAGCAAACCGCUGGAGCUGGAGCUGCUGCUGCUGCUGCUGCCGCUGCUGAGCCUGUAGAGCCAACAGACACUCUGGUGUCUCUGCUGCCUGCCAGAGGAUUGUGUUUCCUUUCAGUCAGCCAGCACCACGGCAACCUCAGUCAGCUUGUCGGACAGGAUCUGAACCCGUCCUCCAUCCUCUCUUCGUGCUGGUCUCCUUCCAAGUAGAAUGCGUUUCUAUGCUGGAAGCUCUGGUCCAGUUGCUGCCUUCGCGUCCAAGCAGUGAACUUUUCAACUAGAUUCAGAGAGAGGGUCUGUGCACAGAGUGACUCACAAACUGUGGAGCCAUGGGCUGCGGGCUGCGUAAGAUGAAGCCGAUGUCGGAGGAGAACAGUCCGGGGAAGAUUUACUCCACCCUGAAGAGACCGCAGGUGGAGACCAAGGUGGGCGUGGCCUACACCUACCGCUACCUGGACUUCUUGAUCGGCAAAGAUGGUGGGACGUCCACGUUGCGUCUCUCGUCAGUGCGGGAGCUGCCAGGCCAGCUGCAGGAGCUUUACCAGCAGGGCUUCGUUCUGGCGGCCGUUCACCCGUUUAUCCACCCCUGUGGUCCAGAGUCCAACAGCCCACAACACCAGCUCUACCGGGCCAUACUGGUCCGACUCAGCGACGGGGUGGAAAGGAGCCAGCCGGUCUGCCCAACGUACAAACUACAGCUGGAAGAAUGUCUGUCUGCCGAGCAGGUGCCCACCCCAGAGCUCAUCCAGGGCUACGUCAAGAAGCAGAUCCAGGAUGCUGCUGACCAGGGGGUGAUGUUCGUGGGAUUUGUCCAGGAACCGUACGGAGCGCCGUGCACCACGAUCAGAGAACCAGACACCCCCUCCCUCUCCCUGCACUCCAGCCCCAGCUCUGUGCUCGGUUCCCUGGGCAGCUGCAGCCCCUCGAACCCCUCAAGCCCCACGAAUCACGCAGUACCUUCAACUCAAGAGGAUGCAGCGAACAAAGAGGGGAACAAGGAAGCCUCAUGUGAGGCAGGGGUAGAAGCACCGGGUGAGGAGAAGAACGCGAGUGGGAACACUGGGAAUCAUUCAGGGAGCGGAAAGGAGGGCAGUCAGGUCGAGGCCUCGCCUGCAGCGUCUCCAAUAUCAGAGGGAGAUCUGGAGCGCAGUGAGGAGCUGACAGAGGAGGAGUCGCCGUGUCACAAUAACAACAAAGACGCUGGCACAGAGACAAAGGAGAGGCCGAGAUACCGCCUGCGGAGAGGCGAUGGGGUGGAACUGCUCGCUUUGUACAACCACCCGCCGGUCCGAGAGGGCCAGGUGAAGUACUACACUGUCAAGGUGCCGCUGCGAGUUCAGAACUGUGACGAGGGGGUGAAAGGGGUGGAGGCCAACUGGCUGGAUCACAUGACUCAGCACUUCAACAAUGGAGCCUCGCUGAUCGAUGGUUACUUCCACCUGGGCAAUGUGAACGAUUUGCUGCCUAAGUCGGUGGAAAGUGUCUUCAUCUUCCAGGAGGCGAGCGAAAGCGAGCCGAACGUGGCCACCCCGAUAUAUGACGCCAUCGUAGUAGAGCAGUGGACCGUUAUUGAUGGUUUGCAGGUGAAGGCUGAUUAUGUUCCUCUACUGCAGUCCCUGGCCACAUAUGGUUGGAGGCUCACCUGUGUGCUGCCAACUCCUGUAAUCAAGACUAACAGUGAUGGAAGUCUGUCCACCAAACAGAUUGUUUUUCUGCAGAGACCAGUCUUGGGCCGAAAGAGGAGGGAAUCCAAGAAAUUGAUCUUCAAACCCCGAAGCAAGUCCAACAAGAACUGCAUCAAAGACACAGCAAAGAACAAGAAGAAGAAAAAAACAAAAAUCGAGAAGGAUGCAGAAGAACCCAAGAUUGUUGAUGAAAGAAAAAAGGUUGAGAAGGAGGAAGACAAGAGCAGCGAUGAAAGGGUGAACACAACAGAGGUAGAGGCAGCGAGAGGAAGUGAGACAUCGAGAGAAAGGGAGGCAAGUUGUGAGGAAGAUAGAAAGAUUGAUGAUGGGAUUGAGAUCAGCAUAGAGACUGUCGAAAAGAAAGAUGGAGAAGCAGAGACAAAAGACAAAGGAGCAGAAAACGGCACAGAAGAAGAGGAAGAAGAAGUAAAGAUAGCACUGGACCAAGAGGGAUCAGAAGAGAACGGAGAGCCUUUAGAAAACGGAGAGGUCCAGGAGGUGACAGAAACCGUCGCGAUUGUCGAAACAGAGAGCGAGACCAAAGACAAGGAGGAAGAGGGCGUAGCAGAAGCUGAAGCUGUGAUCGAGAAUGGAGUAGAAACGGACGAAGAGAAAGAAGAGGGCAAAGAGAGCGUGAUCAAAUGCCAGGCAGAAGAACCAGCAGGCGUGGAGGUCGUCGCCAAGGAUAUCAUGUCAGAUUCACAGGCCACACCAACUAAUCAAAGCCCAGAAGAGUAGCCCAGAAUAGUCUAAGUCAAGGUUUUUUUCCCACCCUACCUCUGAAAUUCCCCAUCUUAAGAACUGGUUCACAGUGUUAUCCCUGAUCCACAUUAAUGGGGCUUCGAUCUCCAUUGCUGCAGCAUUCUCCAAGCCUACCAUCUUUCAUAGACUAUUCCCCUGUGACUUGUGUAGCUACGGAACAAUUUCAUGUAACCGCAGACAUCAGUCCUACUGUAUAACCACACAUACUGAAUGUAUAUAUCCAAGACAAGAGAUGCUGGUGCAGGAUAGUCAACAUGGAGUCACUGGAAUAACUGGAUGAAAAUCAACAGAGAGGUGAAUGUCUAGAAUGAUGUCGUGAUUACGUAGGGCACAUUUUUCUUUUACUUAAGAAGAAUGAGCAACAGUUUAAAGGCUUGGUCAUGCCAGCGAAAUAAAUCUACAAGAAUUUUUUGUGUCGAGUUGACACACAAAUUCACACCACUAACCAAUAGCAACCUGUCUUGACUGCAGACCUUUCGAGGAACAGAGAGUCCAAAAUAGGGAAAGCUCUCAUAGCUCAUUAGCUGUGUUGCUAUAUCUACCUUUAUUUAACCUCCUCCAUCGGAGUAUGAACGGCUCCACAAAAGCGGUAUGGUUUGCAGAUAGUUUUGAGACAGGAGUCAAUGGUACAGUAACCAAUAACUCUUUAUUGAAUUCUGGGAACAAUUGCCAGGAAAGCUCAGACAGCCCUUGUGACUGACUGUCGCUAGAGUGUUAGUAGUUCAUUGCCAUUAAUUCACAAAAUUAGCCUUGAAAGUACUCAGAACCACAUACAGUAUUUUCACUGUGACACUCUCUGGUGUGACCAAGCCUUUAAGGGGACAAGGAGCGUUACAUCAUUCUCCUGUUCAAUUAGGGUUAAUUAGAUAACCUGAAAUAACAGCAGUGACAUUGUUUCUGAAAAUAAAUGUGGAUCGCAGAAAGUUCCCUGCUUGCUUUUGAAGAAAAGUAUGAGAAACCCCCCAAAAGUAAGUCCUAAAGUAAGAGGGAGAACAGAGCAUGGUUAGCUUUUCUUGUCUUGUCCUAGAGACCCAGAUAGCACCUGUUACAAGAGGUACUUUCACCUUGCAGUUGAGCAGUUUGAGCCGCUCUUUUCAUUUUUUGAAGCUGAGGAAAAAGUCAGCUCCAAAAUCCAGAAUUUUGACAAGACACUGGCCUGCCUCAUCCACAAAAAAUGGCAGAAAAGCGUCAUAUGUGAUCACAGAUUGUAUCACCAUUUCCUGUUCCUUCAUUCUGUGCACCAUAGUAAGUUGUGAUGUGGAGGGAACUUGGAGGAGAACACUGGUAGAGGUGAUGGGAAAGGCAUUUGUUGCGACAGGCAAUCCAAAGUAGGGUGAAGAGAUAAUUGUUUACGCUGAGCUCUAAGCCGUCAAGUGCUUCAAAGAGAGCCGAUAAUCACUCUUUGGUGUGGUGUGCUAAGCUCACCUUGCAUACAGAAUGUUCCAUAUUCAAAGCCAAGUUAGAUAAGGAUGUGAAAUUCAGCUGAAUGUUUGCAGCUCGGGGACAGAACUCAUAUUUAGACACACCUAGUUAGGUUUUAUGUAGCCGAGUGAGGAUCUAUUUCUGCUCAAAGUUACAUUUUUAAUGAUAUUUCCAGUCAGCAGCCACAAACAAAAGCACUUGUUAGAAUGGAAACAAAGUUAAUCUGUGUGGCCACAACCAAGACUUGUUGUUCACUGAGACCAAAACUGAAGAUUAAGAGGGAAACAUUGAGACAAAGAAGGAGAUUGAGAGCGAAGGAGAAAGACCACAGAGCAUAGGGGAGUCAAAUAAAAGAAAUGAAUAGGCUCAUUUAAAGUAACGGCCGCUUGCGUCCCACAUUCCCCGUUGAGAUUUCCUUCAUUACUUUACCUCCAGCUCUUACCAGACAUCAUUUCUGACAAUAACCAAUUCAUAAUGUGCUGUUUCAUGGCAUCGUGUAGCUUUCUGUUUUAAAAAGGGGGGUGGGGAGGGGAGGGGGGGGUGACAACGUUAACAGCAUAGAGCUCUCAUUAGCUCACUAAUGGAUUUUGUCAGUGGGGUAUCUGUCAGGAAUCAUGCAUUUAUAAUGGUGGUCACUUAUUGGGGGAGGUAUUGACAGCAAAACACCUCAGUAUGUCAAGCAAAUAGCCUUCAGAUUUAACGGUGAUGUCAUGGGGAAUCAUUUGCACUGAGGAGGAAGAGUUCUCGUUAAAAAAAUGCUAAAUUUUUGCAAAGAAAUUACACACACUCCAUCAUAAAAUAUGCCUAUUUAUUAAAAUGUUAACAUUUGGUCAAUCAAUGACUUAAACUACCUGCUGUCCUGCUUUAGGUAGACUGUAAUUUGUCAUAAUUUGGAUCUUUUAUUUUAUGAGAAUAGAUGAUAGCUUGGUCAAGAAAAAUGUCUCCAUUUUGGGAAUGAGACUCCUCAAUUACACACAAGUAAGAUCGAUUACGCUGAAGUGCUCUCUUUUUGGGGGAUUAAUCCACCCGCCGCUGAGAUUUUUUUCAAUGUAAAAUGGCAAAUGCUUGUGUGUAGAGUAGAAUAUAAAACUGUGACCAGUUUAGCCUUAUUACUAUACUGUAAAUGGCCCACAAUCUGCUAUUAGAAAUGUCUUUUAGAGGCACAAUGGUGAUUUAAGUGUUAUAUGUUUGUUAUAGUCAAACAGGAAAGUUUUGCUACAGUCAGUGUUGGUAUUUUGAAGGUGAGUUUAUUGUUCCCUGUUUUAAUUACUGGAAUUCAGAGAGAGGGGAUAAACGAUUUGAAGUGUUUGUCUAUAUGAAGGUAAUAUGUUCUGGAUUUAUUUUUAAGAUGUAACAUGUUUUGAACAUGUUUUGUUUUUGUUUUGUUUUUUUUUAUUGUGAGUGUUCUGUUUUUUUAAGAGACGUAUGAUUUUACUGUGGAUUUUGUGUUGCCUCUGCUGUUCCGCUAAAGCUUGCUAAAAUGUAUUUCUGACUGACGCUUCGAGCUACCUCCCGAGGGCUGUUGUUGGUUUUAAACCAAGGGGUCACCGCGUGUGUGACCUCCUAAAACAUAUGCUCCUUGUCCUCUCGCCCUCCACUAUGACGGAGCCCAGACCUGUGAGCGUGAGGUCAUCGCUAAUGGCAGACAAGGUCAAGGGUCAUAUUUGAGCCAGGAUGGAUUUUCCACAGCUGUACAACAGGAGUUUGCACGAGCACAUGAAAAAUAACCACUCCGAUAUUGAAUUAAGAUAUGAAGUCAUAUCAUAAUAUUCUCUGUGGUAUUUUCUUUUCUAUUUUUACCUUCAUUCUCUCAGCUGCUUUUAGCUUUCGGCUGUUUGAGCUUUAAUAAGCACUUAUUGUAUUCAAGAAAUAUUUUAUGCUGCCUCUUGCAUCACAACUGCUGGGGAGCAAAUAACACCCAGCUGUCACUUCUACGCUUUUGUUAGAAUAUGACAAAUAUGAAUUAUGAAAGGCAAUACCAAAAGACAGCCUCUGAUAGCUGUGGAGAUCAUUAUGAAUAUUUGAGAAAUUUCCCAGCUGAAUCCCGGUCAACUUAUUUUGUCAGAUUUAAUCGGUUUCUUCAAUCUCCCCCAUGCACAGAUAAAUGUUUUUACUGUCAUCUGUUUUAUGAAUAUGGAUUUAUUUCAGUAUUCCUAUCUUUCUCCUUUUUUUUUUUAAAUCUAAAAACUGUGACAUUUAUUCCCUUUUGGCAUCCUGUGAAAACAGAUAGAUCAUAUUCCACUUUAUCAAGGGCAGCAGAGUUUGGAAAAUCAGUAAAGCAGCACAGUGAUCUCAUCCGACAUGACUGUUUUUUUCGACUCCCACUACAUUCCACUUAGACAUCCACAGACAUGGAUGACUGUAACCUUGACAAAAGUUACAACCGGCCCUGUAUCCGUCUGUCCUACCUGAGGCCGUGGCCUUCAGGGCUCCAUUUUUCCCUGAUAAGGGCUGAUUGGUUGCGGUGCAGUCUAACCUCUGACAUGAGUACACUCCAGGGACUGUGGGUAAUUAUGAUUUUUUUUUUUUUUGUCUGGUAUUAUGAAAAAAAAAAAGAAGAAAAA